UGAUGAUCUAAAACACUAAUCAAGAGUAAAAGAGAUCCAACUAUGGCUACUCUCAUUGCUCCUGCCAAACACUCUCCUGUGGAGGAUGCAGAAGCUCUCUGGAAGGCUUUUAAAGGUUGGGGAGCUGAUUUUAAAGCCAUUAUAGCAAUACUGGGUCACAGAAAUGCUACCCAAAGGACAAAAACCAGACAAGCAUACCAUGACCUCUUCCAAGAGGAUCUUAUCAAACGCCUUGAGUCUGAGCUCUCAGGUGCCUUUGAGAGAGCAAUGUACCGUUGGAUAUUGGAACCUACAGAGCGGGAGGCUUUAUUGGCCAAUCUAGCACUGAAAAAUGCAAACAAAAACUACCAAGUGAUUGUGGAAAUUUCCUGUGUCCUUUCACCUGAAGAGCUUUUUGUUGUGAGGCGCGCCUAUCACAACCGCUACAAACGGUCCUUGGAGGAAGAUGUGGCUGCUAACACCUCUGGCCAUCUUCGCCAGCUUUUGGUGGGAUUGGUGAGCUCAUUUAGGUAUGGAGGCAGUGAGAUCAAUGCAAGAUUGGCACAAUCUGAAGCUGAUAUACUUCAUGAGGCUAUCAAAGACAAGAAUCAGAAUAAUGAAGAAAUUAUUAGGAUUCUUACCACAAGGAGCAAGAUCCAGCUUGUGGCAACUUUCAACCGCUACAGGGAUGACCAUGGAAUUGCCAUCACUAAAAAAUUGUCAGAUGAAGGAUCUAAUGAUUUUCAUAAGGCAGCGCAAAUAGCCAUUAGUUGCAUCAAUGAUCAUAAGAAGUACUAUGAAAAGGUUCUUCGCAAUGCGAUGGAAAUUGAUGGAACAGAUGAAGAGGCAGUGACCCGUGUGAUUGUGACAAGGGCAGAGAAGGAUUUGAAGGACAUUAAAGAGGUUUAUUUCAAGAGAAACAGUGUUCAGCUUGAGCAUGCUGUGGCCAAGGAAACUUCAGGAGACUACAAGAAAUUCCUCCUUGCUCUCAUGGGGAAAGAUGAUUAAAAUUUAUUUACUUGUUUCUUUGAUGUAUGGGGCUCCAUGAAGAUCUUAGUGAAUGGUGGAAGCUGAUCGAUUAGUUUUCUAAUGGGUUGGUUCGUGUCAUAUUGUCACGAUUAUAAAAUUAUGGUUUGUGUUGGGAAACGGUAACUUCAGAUGCUUACAAAAUAAUUCAAGAAAAUGAACUCAUUACUCUUCACCUUA